AUGCAGGUUAAGUCUCAGGCUGAAGCUACGGCUCCGCAGUGCCAGGGAGCUGGCUACAUGCAAGAAAACCAGCCUCACCACCCGUAUGUUGGUCAGCAGACCUAUGGUCCACCAGCUGGAGUUGCCAACAACCCUAGCAAUGUUAAUGGAAGCGUUUUGGCCCAUCCUUUCAACAAGAUGUCUCUUCAGAGCCAGCCAAACGGCUCCAAGCCCUUCCCUGUCAAAGGUGGUAUGCCAAUUCCCAAUGUUGAUAUGUCUGGUAUGCAGCAUUAUGGGCAGUACAUGAUGGCCCCCAAUGGGCCCAUGUUUGGUGGCUACCCUCCAGCACCGCAGUUUGGACAGUUCCCGAUGCGUGCUACUGAUCAAGGUAGCUCUCUCCAAUGUAUUCCUCCUAAUUUUUACCCCGGCUUUCCUACCAACCCUCCCUUUACUCCGGAUUGUGUAUCUGGGUACCCCUGGCCGUAUUAUCCAAAUGGUGAUUUUCCAAACCACGGGAAUAUUCCCCUUGAUCCACGGACCUCUGUUGACGAAGUGAAUACAGGCAGCCCUAAUAUGGGUCUAUCUGGGCCACCACAGGAUUAUUACCCUGGUGCUGCUCCAGUUGACCGCUCUUCCGCACCGGGUUAUAUGUAUAACAACCCUACACCUCAGCAGCUUCUUCCCUACCAAAUGAUGAAGACUGGUUCUGGCUAUGUCCUCCAGGACCUGGAUGCUCUACUCAAACAGGAGCCUCCUAUCCCACGUGCUGUCCCCGCUAUGUGGACUAACCCUUCCGACCUAACUCUUGCAAAGUGCCUUGAGAACCGUGAAGGUAUUACUAAUGUCUACAUCCGUGGGUUCCUCCCGGAGACCACAGAUGAAAUGUUGCAAAACUAUGCCUCACGUUUUGGCAAGAUUGACAGAUGCAAAGCGAUCAUUGAUUUGGAGACCGGAUUGUGCAAAGGGUAUAGUUUGAUAUCUUUUGUCUCUGUUACACAUUUACUAAUUGUUAUUAGGUUUGGCUUUGUCCAAUUCUUUAGCUUCGAUGCCUGCGAGAAUUGCAUUCGAGGAUUCUUCCACCUUGGCUACCAGGCUAGCUUUGCACAGAAAUCUCGCAACUCCCGCCUUAAGGACCUGGAAGACAAGAAUUCCACAAACGUUUAUUGCACUAAUGUUCCCAUUGACUGGGCCGAGGCAGACCUUCGCCGUCACUUUGAACCUUACCAAGUCGUAUCUGAGAAAAUCAGCCGAGAUGAAAAGACUGGAGUUAGCAAGGAAGUUGGCUUCGCUAGAUUCGAGACUCGCGAAAUUGCUGAAAAGGUCGUUCAACAAUUCCAUAACGUUGUUGGAAAGGACGGAGUAAAGCUCCUCCUGCGCUUUGCAGAUACCAAGGCUCAAAAACAGCUCAAACAUCAAAGCAAUGAGCGUCGAGCUUACCGUGCUGGAGAAUAUAACUACUCAGUUGAGCUUGUUAAUAGUGCUACUCCAUCUCCAAGCCUCCAUCGUCUACAGCAAGCCGCCUCUCAUUUUAGCCCAACUUCUCAAAAUAGCUACCCCUCUCCAAUUGGAGGUGUCGGACAAGUUUGGACUCCUGCAACGUCUAUUUCUCCACCGUAUGAAUUCUCCACCCCCUUGCUACAGCUUGAUAUAUACUAA